AUGUAUGGUUGGAUGCAGGCUGUCUUCCUCAUUAUGGACCCGGAGGUUCAGGAGAUCCUAAUUCGUUUCGAUGGCCUAGCCUCUCCUGAUCGACGAGCUGUUUAUCGUCAGAUUUUAAGUCAGUUUAAUCUUGACGAGUGGCGCGAUGUGCGUGAUCAGUUAGAUCGAGUUUCGUUCCAUAAGGAUAUCCUAAGCGCUGUGCCUCUAGAGAUAGCCGCACAAAUAACAAAAUAUUUAGACCUGUCGGAGCUACACGUUUUCCAAAGGGUAUCUAAAGACUGGCACUCGCUGCUGACCUCUAGUUUGAUUCGGGCUGCUGUAUUUCGUCGCUAUACCGGAUACAACUACGAUAGCGUCACUGCAGGAUCCUCGGACGAAUUCUCCGCAUUUGCAAGACGAAGAGUUCGCCUGGAGCGUGGACAACCACUCUGGAAAAUUUGCGACCCGGCGUAUCUUCCACUACCUAAGCCUUGGAAUGCGACGAGUCUAGACUACUGUAAUGGACGAUAUGCAUGGAUUGAUGGCACAACCAUUGUCGUCCAUAGUCUUCACUCGAAUAUGACACAGUACUUCUGCACACAGAACAGAGAUCCCUUGAUGGAGGUGCGCCUAUCGGAAAAUGUCAUUGCAGCGACCACUCCGCGUGGAUAUUGCCAUAUUUGGGAUCUUCAAUCCGAGGAAUCGGCAUGGUUUCGUCUACCCUCAUGUCGACACAGUUUCUUUAUGGCAAGUGGAAGGAGUAUUGCUCUUGCCUUUAUUGGUAUUAUGACCAGCGAGGGUGAUUACGUCCUAUAUUGGGACCUGAACACGCGUGCUGCUCGCACGAUCAAUAUCGCAACGCACCUGGGCUACAUGGCCUUGAACUCCGAGGCUAGAAGCUUGACUACAGUUCACCUUGAGGAACGAAAUUAUUACAAUGCUUGUGUGCAACCCCAGCAUUCUCCCGCCAAGCGCGCUCACCUGCAAGUCACAAAGUAUUUAGUUGAUGAAUCUGCAACUUUUGGCCGGUCCUCAUCCUAUACUCUCGAACUGCCGGCCAUCGUAGACGCAACUGGACACGUGGAAAUACGAUACCCUGAUACAUCCCCUAAGUUUAGUGACCGGAUGGGGCUCUUCUCGGUUCGUCCACGCGAGGGUUCUCCUUCAGCUCUCUCUUCUAUGGUUACUGUCGCCUACGAUCCGCGGACCGACCAGGUCGACUUACAUGUCUUGCAACCUGAACACACCCCGUUUUAUCCAUUGUGCAUGACUUCAGUUGACCAUAACAUUCUGUACUAUAUAAAGAACGAUAAUGGUAAACCUCAGAUCUGGAUCUCCAACCCUGACGCUACUUCCCCCCAUCGCCCUUCCAAAUGCAUGAACCCCCAGCUCCCUCGAGAGGCAACCAGCAGGGUCUACUCACAUGCUACCGGCUUUGCGCUCCAUGGAGAUCGUGAAUUUAUUUUGAUGAUCGAUGAAAACGGGUUGAAAGUGUGGUGUUUUGAUGAAGCUAUUCAUAUUGACGACUACUCUUGCGUGGAAACCUUUUGA